GCGAAAACAAAAUUUAAAUGAGGCCAGCUUCCGCCACUUCAAUCAUCUGUAUAAGCGAUCAGAGACGCAGCGAUGUACAAAGCCAACAAGAAAAAUGAAGAUUUACUUCAAAAAAGCCAAGAACGACUCCAAAAUGAGUUUAUAGAAGCAACAGAGCGUGGUGACAUGGAAGCCAUAAAAAAAGUCCUUGACUCUGGAAGUCUAGUUCCAGACAUUACGGUAAUGAGGGAAGGCUUUGAGAAAAGUCCAUUAAGCCUGGCUUGCAUCUAUGGACAAACAUCUGUAGUUGAAGAGCUCCUGAAGAAUGGAGCAGACCCAAUGAGAAGGAGUGGCACAGGUCGAGUCCCACUGCAUGAUGCUUGUAUUGGUGGGAACUCUGAAUGUAUGUCACUUCUUCUGGAUUAUAUGUCAGAUGUUGAUGUGGCUGAUCACAACAAGCAGACAGCAUUACACCAUGCAGCCUACAAUGGGGAGAUAAAGUGUCUGAGGCUGCUGACCCAGAAAGGUGCAAAUCUUGUGGCUGAGGACUCUAAAGGAAGACAAGCAGCCCAUCUGGCAGCUAUGCACAAUCAUGUCAAGAUUUUGCAGCUGCUGUUUGACCAUGGAGUGGACCUAGACUGUCAGUGCCAGGCAGGAAAAACUCCACUGCACUAUGCCGCACAACAUGGAGCACUGGAAUCAUUAAUCUGCUUGGUGGAGCAUGACUGUGAUACCACAGUCAGUGACAACAACACUUUUUUGGCUGCCCACCAGGCAGCUAGGUAUGACAAAGUCGACUGUCUGCGGUUCUUGGUGCAGCAGGGUACCGAGCUGGAUGCAGCACUGUCUGAUGGCAGGACACUGGCCCAUGUUGCUGCACAGUAUGGAGCAACCAAUGCUCUCCAUUGGCUGCUGGAAAAGGGAGCUGAUGCCAAUGCUCAAGACAAGCUUGGCAACACGCCAGCACACUGUGCAGCAGACCGAGGCAAAGCUGACUGUUUCAACUGUUGCCUGCAACAUGAUGGGGACCUGAGCCUGAUGAACAUCAGCAGAGACUCACCCCUUGAUGCAGCAAAGAAAUCAGGACAUCCACAGCUCAUCGCUAGAGCAUUGAAGAAUGAGACAGUGUGUAUGCAGUGUUUCAAGAAAAUGAAGGUAGCAAAAUGGGAUGAGGAGCAUUCACCUGCGCAGGUUGAACGGGGCAUAAUUGCUGCCAGAUCUUCUGCAUACAUUUCUCCACUUCCACCAGCUCGACAUUCCCAGCAGACCCAGCUACAGAAGAAUCUGUUCAGGACUAAGAUGAAGAAGGAGACCAAGACAAGACUGCCAGAGCGGGAUUUGCCGGCCAAGUACUUCGGAGAGUACCUGGAUCCUAACAAAAAUUUUAAGUUUUCUGGGUAGAUCUUACACUCAGGGCAUUGACCUGAUCUGCAACCAGCAAAAAUAUGCUAGGUUGUCAAUCAGACACAGAUUAAGCUGCUUGGGUUAUUACGGUUUCCUGCAUCAGUUAUGGGCCCAUUUUAGCUACCUUUUUCAGAAACAUUUCUUUAGAACCUGCUUAUACACACUUCUAUAUGCACAAAUGAUUUUGAAUAGCAUUCUGUAAAUGCUUCUUUGAAGUGAGUAAUGUAAAAGAUGAGUGAAACUUGCUACAACCACAUUUUGCCUCAACACUAUAUUCACACUUUCAGAGUUUGUGCUUAUGUCAAAACUUUACAAGCACAUUUCACUGAAAUUAUUGUCACAUUCUUGUGCUUAUGCAAGGAAACUACAGUGAGACCUUGUACUUGGCAAUGGAUUUGAGACAUAGACACUGGAAUAACAACUGAAAUGAUCAUGAUUAACCUAGCAGCAGUACUUUGUUGGUUCAAAUAGCUUUCAACAGAAACUCAAGAGGUUGCACUUUAAUUACAGGUGUUGCAGUGAAAAUAUAUUAAUCAUAGAACGUUUAUUAUGAUAGGAGGAAAACUAAAUCUUUAAACAUAUUUGAGCACUCAUUAUAGAAGCUUUCCAAUUACUAUUAAUAUGCAUCGCAGAGUAAUGUACAGUGUUUUGGUAAACUGUGUUUGAAGUAAACAAAAUAAAAGAG